AAGUGUGUGAGCUGGUUUGGGUUUGUUGCUUAUCUGCUAUUGCUGAGCUGACACCUGGGUCCUUGUCUGUGUGUCUGUAUCAGUGAGCCAUAUCUGUGCAGUCACUGAGCUAAUAAUGCAGAGCUGGAAACCAAACUUUUUAGGUCCAUGCAACGCUCAAUAUCCUACCGAGGUGUAGAGAUAGAAUUUCCAAUGAAAGGAUAGCAGAAUGGCUGUUGAAAAUAGAGAUGCAAUAUCUUGGUAUCAAAAGAAAAUUGGAGCAUAUGACCAGCAAAUAUGGGAGAAAUCAGUAGAACAAAAGGAGAUCAAGGUGAAGGGUUUCAAGAAUAAGCCAAAGAAGAUGGCCCAUAUGAAAUCUGAUCUGAUUGAUGUGGACCUUGUCAGAGGGUCAACAUUUGCCAAAGCUAAACCUGAAAGCCCAUGGACAUCUCUUACUCGGAAAGGUUUAGUAAGGGUGGUGCUGUUUCCUUUGUUCAGUAAGUGGUGGAUGCGCGUUACCAGUCCCUGUGUCUACACUUGGCUGUUGGUACUUUACAUCAUGCAAGUGACAGCGAUUGUUCUUUAUUUCAUGGUGCCUGUUGCAAGUGUGAGCGAGCAGGCUGGACCAAUGUGCCUAAUGCUGCUUCUGGGAACAGUUCAUUGCCAGAUUGUAUCUACACAAAGCCACAGGGUGUCGGGGACACAUGGAGAAAGGAGACAGAGAAAGUUCCAGAAUGCACUGAACAAUGAGAAAAAAGAAUUCAGUAAAUUAUCAAAGUCACCAGUUUCCUGCAACCCACUCAAAUCCUUCCUCUACAGUAGAGUCAAAAGGAAAAAUGUGCCUAAGAAAACUUAUAGAACACGCAAUGGUCUGAUCUAUGAAGGUCUUGCAAGGAGGGGAGCAGAUUCCUGUGUGCCUGAAUCACAUUGCUUAGUGUGCAAGUCUGUAAUGACGGAUGGAGAAAAGAAUCAGUGUGGAUUGAGAGAAGAUGGUAACGGGAUGUCUGAAGACUUGACAAGCGAGGAAGAUGUGAAAGAAAGAACUGAAUUAUCGUCUCUGCGGAAUGUAGAAGGGACGUCAAGUGAUAACGGAUGCACUUUGACCAGGAGAAACCUGAAUUCAUCUGUCAAUAAUAGCUAUCAGGAAAAUGAGAAAGGUUUACAAAAAAAUCUGCAGGAGUCAGAUAGCCCAGUGGAUUCAGAGGAAGAAUCAGUCUUUAGCAAGGUCUCCAGGUCUGUUGUGAGUUGUAGUUCUCACAGUUACAUAGUUUCACAUCAGGACUCAGAAAGCACGCGGCAGGGUUCAGAAACUGAAGAUAUGCUUCUAGAUGACUUGCUGCAUGGACCAGAGUGCCGAUCGUCUUGCGAGAGUGACAGUGAAGAUGACCUCUCACAGAAGUAUGUUGGAGGCAGUAGGAAGCCUCCUGCAAAGGAUGUAUUUCAGCUGAAUCAUUUGUUUUGGCUACAAGGUACAAACCCAACAUCGGAGCGAGUUAGCGCAGUCAUUUGGGAGAAGAACGAGUGUAAGAAAGCGGAUAUGUCUGUAUUGGAUAUUAGUGGGAUCAUCGUGAAUCAAGUGAGCUCCUAUGAACAUGGUGUGGGGUAUCAGAUGCUGGGAAAUGCGGUCACUCUGGGUUUGUCCAUCUUCCCUUUCCUGUUUAACUUGUGUCAUCAACGAGAUAAGGAUCAGAUCCUGUCACUGACCGGAAGAGAGGUUUUGGCGGUUUUCUGUGGCGGACCACCAACACCGUUCCUGUUGAUUCUCUCCUCUCUUAAUCUGGUGCUUCGCGUCUGUCUCACAUGGAUGUUUUUCUUCCUGAUGUGUGUGGCAGAAAGAACCUACAAACAGCGAUUUCUUAUUGCCAAGCUGUUCAGUCACCUGACCUCUGCCAGGAAGGCUCUGAAAUCUGAAAUCCCUCACUUCAGAUUGAAGAAGGUGGAGAACAUUAAGAUGUGGCUGUCUCUACGCUCCUACUUGAAGCAUAUUUUUCCUUUCCAGAGACGAGGACCCCAGAGAUCUGUGGAUGUAAUUGUGUCUUCAGUCUAUUUAUUAACCCUCUCUAUUGCCUUCAUUUGCUGUGCUCAGGUCCUGCAUGGUCAUACCACCUUUCUAAACUACGUGUAUAACUGGGAGUUCCUUAUCUGGGAGAUAGCUUUACUGAUCUUUCUCCUGCGUCUGACUUCACUGGGAUCAGAUACCAACAAAAAAUACAGUAAUGUGUCAAUACUACUGACUGAGGAGAUCAACCUUUAUCUCAAAAUGGAAAAGAAGCCAAACAAGAAAGAACAGCUCACUAUUGUGAAUAAUGUCCUGAAAUUGUCCUCCAAACUCAUUAAAGAAAUUGACACCCCAUUCAGGCUGUAUGGACUAACAGUGAACCCUUUAAUUUAUAAUAUAACCCGUGUGGUGAUUCUUUCUGUAGUGUCCGGUGUUGUGAGCGACCUACUAGGAUUCAACAUCAGAUUGUGGAAAAUUAAACCAUGACCUUCUAUACUAUGGAGAAAGACAUCUUUGCAGACACAUGGAUUGGACGCCUGAUCCGUGGCUUACAAGCUUGGACAACUCUCCGGUGCAUGCACGUUGCAGGUUUUGCAUGAACAACAAUCAGAGAGAUUUCAAGAGAAUUAGGAGACUGUUACCUACACUUCCUAUUUCAAAAGUGCCAAAAUGACUUUGUAUAGAAGAUUUUUAAUUUUCAUAAGAAAAAAAGUAUUUAUUGAAAUUUCUAAUGGAUACAUUUUUAAAUAUAAGAGACUAUAUAUUUGAUAUGUUAAAGAUAUGUUAAAGAGUGGAUUUCUUUAAACUAUGGUGUACAAUUUAAACUGUGCCCUUAAGUGCAUUAUUUUAGUGUUACAAGAGGGGCGGGAGGAAACUAUGCAAUAUGUUUUAUUGGCGGAUUACAAAAGUAUGAGUUAUGAAAAUAAUAUAUCGCUAAAUUGAAACUUCUCUCUCAAUAUAAUUAUCCUCAAUUUUAUAAA